CUAGUUUGGUGACCGCGGUCACACUGCAAGUGAGGAAUUGAAGUGAUUUUCGUCGUCGUCGCGAAUCGAAAAAAAUAUAUAUAUUUAAUCACGAAAAGCAUUAAAACCAUUCACCCAUCCUUGGGGACACAAGAAACAGUGCUGUUGUAGUUGUAGUAGUUUAGGGAGCAAACAGUUGGGUUGUAGCAAAACAAAAAAGGAAGCCAAUUGAAAACGGUAACUGCGCGUCCUUAAAAGCAAUAUGAGAAAAGAACAACAAAGCAAAUACAUUUUGUGAAGAAACGUUCCGAAUUACAAAUAUUUAUGUAAUGCAAUAAGAGCUUUAGUGCCACAUUGAAGCCACAGCAACUUGGACAGUAUUUCAACAACUUUUCUAUUUCCGCAAAAAGUAUAUGCUUACGCUUAGCACAACUUAGUGGGUCAGAGUUUGCACUCAUAUUCGGUCCCUCAAUAGGCUUCCAAUAAUCGUAGCCCCCCAAUGGAUUCUUUCUGAUUUAAUAUAGGAUGCUGCCCAGCCUGGAUACCUUAAUGCGUUGCUCGAAGCGAGUUCUGCAAUCGCCCAUGGAGGCGGCGGCCAGCCAGAUGCGGAAUGGCCACAGCAAGUCGGCGGCCGGCGGGAUCUACGGUCCCUUCACGCCGGACUCCGAUGUCAGCUGCUCCGGACGCGGCGAUUGCGUCAACAACACCUGCGUCUGCGAUAUUCGGUACGCGGGCAACGAGUGCGACAUCUUCAAUCUGUCCUACUACGCCGGCAUCUCCACCGUCUUCUACGUGGUGGCGCUCGUCUCGGUGAUCCAGCUGCUUAUCUGCAUCGUGGCCGAGUACCAGAGGCUCAAGCAGCCCUCCAUCCUGCGCGCCUGUCGCAUCACCACCCAGAAACUGCUCUACUUCAUGGUCUUUGUGGCGGCCUCCUUGCGCGGCGCCUACUUCACCACUCCUUUGGAUCUGCAGCCCCAGUGGGCCGUCACCCUGAUGUCCGCCUACUAUCCUUUGCUCAUGACCUGCGCCUCGCUGAUCGUCUGCAUGUGGGCCGAGAUCUUUCACCUGCGCGACAUCCGCUGGGAGAAGUCGCAGUUCCUGUCGAAGAGCUUCCUCGGCUUCGUGGCCUUCAACUUCUUCCUGUACAGCCUGUUCGGCAUCGAAGUGUUCAACUCGCUGAUCAACACGGACCGCCGCGACUACGCCCACAUCUUCAACGGAUGCUAUGCAGUAUUACUCCUGAUCGUGGUCGUCUUCUUUCUCAUCUACGGCGUGGAGGUGUUCUUCAAGCUGCGCGGCGGCUUCGUCUACGAUCAGACGGGCAAGAUCCUGGGUCCCAGCGAGGCGAUCGUGAAUGCCUCCCAGCUCCACCAGUCGCGAUUCGGACUGCUCAGCCAGGCCGUAAUGCUCAUCGUGAUUGUGGGCUUUCUCACCUCCGAAACAUUGGGCGACUUCUGGAAGGCCAAGGUUCCUGUCAACUCGCGCAACUGGCAUGACAUCAUUUUCCGCAUUGCCGAGAUUGGAGUGGCCCUGUGGUUUCCCUGCUGCCUGUGGAACUCGAUGGCUCCCGAACAGCUCUGGAUCCUUAAUCCCCGCAAAUUACUCUCCCGCCAAAUCGAUCCGUCGAUACCCACCCUAAAUGCCGAGACCAACAAGUUGUCGCCCGAGGAGGGCCAGUCGUUCUUGAACAAGAAGGACUGCUGGAUUUGCUACGAUUCCGACAAGCCGGAGCCCUUGAUCCAGCCCUGCCGCUGCACUGGGGACGUGAGCUCCGUCCACCACGAGUGCCUCAAGCGCUGGCUGGUGGAGAGCUGCAGCAACUCGGAGGCCCAGCUGUCCUGCAAGGUGUGCGGACAUCCCUACGAGAUCGAGAAGUCCAAAAAGCUUGAGUGGGACAAGGGAUUCACCAUCCAGCACUGGUCCAAGACGGUCAUUCUGAUCACCCUGAUGUGCGUGACCGGAGCCACUGCCUGGGUGGUUAUCCAGAUGUACGUCGAUCCGCUGGUGCGCGUUCUGACCGUCGGCAUUGCCGUGCUCAUUGGCUACGUGUGCGUCAAGUGUCUGGGCGAGAACACCGUGGUGGCCUACCAGCGGGCCAAAGUCAGCUCGAUCAACAUUGUGACCAGCUCGGAGAUGGAGAAGCUGCACACCAUUUGCGAGGAGGUCAGCGCCAGCACCUCGGCAGCAGCGGCUCGAACGGGAGCGGCCUCCUAAGGUGCAAGAGGAGGAGGAGCUUCGCUCAAGGAAACACACAUCACCCACACACAUCAGCUGAACUUACAGACAUUACAACUUACUUACCUAGUUUAGGAUGCGUUCUGCACAGAUUUUGCUCAAUGCUCAAUUAUUAGUUUACACAUCACACGCGGGGGUGGAUUGGAUUGUCCCAAAACACCUGCCCCCUUCCCUCAACUUUGUACAUAGGCUUACACGUUAGUGAGUAGCAGGAACAGUAGCGAGGAGCGUUUCGAUUAGCGAGUCAAUUCUGUCUCUCAAAUUAUCAUGCAGAUUUCCAAAAGCGAAUUGUAUUAAAAGAAGCCAAAUAUUAUGUAGUCUAAGCGUAGGUCAGUGUAUCGAUUGCGAAAACCGAAACCGAAACAGAUAGAAACAAGAACAUCUUGAGAUUAUGAUUAUCAACGCGUUGCCAAGUAGCCUGAAGAACGAUGAAGCAGAAAAGAUAGAUCUUCGAUGCGCCAGUGAGUCGGCGAGUGCCGACAUGUAGUUUAUAGUUUUCUUUUAUUACCAACUAAUUUAUGAAAGCAUUUUGGUUUCCCCAUUUCAUUUUUGUUUCAUCCUCGGAUGGAUGCAAGCGAAACAAGCAAACACAAGUACUUGGCGAAUAUUAAAAUAAGCAAAUAAGUUUUUAAUUUGUAUUCGAUUGGAAUAAGUUCUCCCGUUAAGAAGCUAAUUUAUAUAAUAUGUUACGCCCACAUAUACAUACACAAGUACAUAUAUAAUAUAUAUAUAUAUAUUUACAUUUUAUGUAGUUGCUACACAAAAUUUGUCAAAGCAAAGAAAAACAUACAAGAACCACAAAAGAAGGAAAAAUCCAACGUAUAAUUUAAGUUACCAUACAAUUUUUGUGAUAAAACAAACAAAUAAAAUACAAUUUAUAAAACUCAA